CUUUCCCUCCGGGCGUCCAAAGGCCUGCAGCCUCGAGGCGGGGCUGCUGCGGGCUGACGCUGCGGAGAAGUUCCGCCAGACUGUCGAAGUUCCUCGGCCCGAGAGCGCACAGACGCCGACCGGCUGCCAGAGACUCCGCUGGCUCGGCAGGGCGUGCGCGCAUGGAGCCGCUCGCCGGAGACUGACUCGAUCGCGACUGCCAGGGCGCCGAGCAGCCCCGGCGCUCCAGAGCCCUCCGUGCGGGGGCGUCCUGCCAUGACGCUGCGCCGGGCGCUGCUGCCGUUGCUCGUGACCUGCGGCUUGCUGGGGAUGCGGCCGCCGCCCGCCCGUUGCCAGGAGCCGCAGACCCCGGACUGGAGGAUGACGCUGAAGACCAUCCGGAACGGCGUCCACAAGAUCGACACUUACCUGAACGCGGCGCUGGAUCUCCUGGGGGGAGAGGACGGGCUCUGUCAGUAUAAAUGCAGUGAUGGAUAUAAGCCUUUUCCUCGUUAUGGCUAUAAACCUUCACCACCCAACGGAUGUGGCUCUCCCCUCUUUGGUGUUCAUUUUGACAUUGGCAUUCCUUCGAUGACAAAAUGCUGCAAUCAACAUGACAGAUGUUAUGACACCUGUGGGAACCAGAAAAAUGAUUGUGAUGAACAAUUUCAAUAUUGCCUAUCUAAGAUCUGCCGAGAUGUACAAAAGACAUUAGGAAUACCCGAGAGUGUACAAGCAUGUGAAUCAACCGUUCAACUGUUGUUUGAUGCAGUCAUACAUUUAGGAUGCAAGCCGUACCUUGAUAGCCAAAGAGAAGCUUGUAUGUGUCGGUACGAAGACAAGAGAGACCUUUAAAGAUGCUUGCAACAUCAUUCAAGAUCAGUCUUUGUUGCAAGUUGCCCAUUUUAGUUUGUUUUGCAUUUGAUUUGUUACAAAGCUGCUUGAAACAGGCAGUUUUUGUGUCUUCCACUGAAGAGUUUUGGGAAUUUUUUUAUAGCACUUCUUCCCUUCAUUAUCACUGUUGGGUUUGUCCUUCAUUUUUAAGGAUUGUUUGCACACAUCUUUUAAGCUGACACUAAUAUUUUGUCAAUUGGUCUUGGAGUUGUGAUUAUGAUUAUGGAUAAGUGCUGCUCCAAAAUACUGAAACGUCAUAGUAGUAGUGGAGGUGAAUACCCAUAAAAAUGCAUGGGGGGCGGGGAUAGGUCAAGCAUUGGUCCUACCAGCACUCAGUGUCUCUUUAGUGCCUUUUUUAUUGGCAAGCAGGAAAAUCUCAAAAGUUUGUGAGUCCUGCUUGCAAUCUUGUUUUUUUUUUUAAACACGUAAAGCUGCCUUUUACUGAAUCACACUACUGGUCUAUCAAGGCUUGUCUACUCUGACUGCUGCUUGCAAUCUUGUGUCUUAUAUUAGUGUGAUAGUGGACGAUUAGAUCCUCUUCAGUCUGCUAAUAUUCACAGAAUGUUAAAAAUGCUCAGAUGGAUGUUUAAGAAUUACCCAAUGUAAUCAAGGGUAUACUUGACUCCGUUUAUGUAGCAGACUCUCUUCUAAAGCGCCUGUAUAAUUUAAAACCAAAUGUUUGAAAUAUUUUUAAAAGACUUUAGCAAUGUUCAGUGGGUUACUUGUUGGCUUUCUAGAGUGUAUGUGCAAUUUUUCAAGACAACCAAACAAAGCUUUCUUAAAAAACAGAAAGACACAGUUGAAUGUUUAGACACAAAUAUAUUCUAUUCAGUAGAGGCCUCUUAAGACUAUUACUAAAAUAGAAUCUUACUGGCCAGAAUAAAAAAAAAUAGAUUUUUUUCCAGGUAUAAAACAUACUGUUCCUUGUAUUCUAAGUAAGUAUUAACACUAAAUACAAAAUAUUGAACAUAUUUAUCAUAAUUUCUUUUUCUUUUGAGACCUGUGCAAGGUCUAUUUUCAUUUGCUAUUUAAAUAGUCUUAUCUGCACUUUUCCAUUGACCUGUAGAGAGAAAAUUUUUCUAUACAUUUCAUUUUCUUGUCUUCUACAUAUUUUAAAGAAUUGAAGUUACUCCUCAGGAACAGUGGCCACGUUCUAGCUCGAGGUUUCCUGUGACGAAUACUGCAGUUGCAUGCAGACUUAAAGCAUUGUACUGAAUACAGAAUACAUCUGAGUAAACAUGCAUAGAAUUGGGCCUCACAUCCCACUGAAAACAAUAGGACUUUGCAGCUUAAUUUUUUAAAACUGGUUUCAGCAGGAUUUGGUCUUGCCUAACUUUAGCUGGAUCUGAACCAAGAGGCUUUCGUUAUCUUUGAGCUUCAGGUUCAACAGAACUUUUCCCCCAAGAUGUUCUCUCUUUUAUGAAAGGUGAAUUUUUUUUUAUCUCUGAGCCUAACCCUCAAGAAUCUGAACACACACACACACACUACAAGCUAUUAAAUGAAGUUACUUGAACAGUGGCCUGUGAUAUGUUGAUGAAGGAUAAGGGAAUUUUAUAUGUGAAAAUGUGUAAAGUAGAACUGUGUCAGUUUGGUUUUAGAAAAAAUAAAGAGCCAAAGCUGA